AUGGCCGAGAAUAUCCCCCUGCCAGACUCGCCAGCACCAUCAUCGUCAGCACACAACCCAGCCGAAAACAACCAGCACAUCGAAGCAGAACCGCCAGCGCUGGAUGCGAUCAUCCAGGCCCUGCUACCCAUCCUCUCUGGCCAGAAUACCUUGCUGGCACUCUACCAGACCCUCAACGAACUCGCGCAGAAAGCGGAUACCCCCCUGACCGACCCCACCAGCCAACUGCUCAACUCCCUAGCCGAACGACAUGAUCAGUUGGACCGAUUGAAGGUCUGUGAUGCAAGCAACCCAGCCAAUUCAAUCGAUCAUCAACUAAAGCCUGAUCAACCGCCACCACCAGAUCCACCGGACGAAACAAAAGCUCAACAGGAACAAUCUCGGCAGGAAAUCGAGGCCCUCAAAACCGAACUCGAAACCACCCAAGCUAAAUUGAAGCAGGAGGAGGAGAAGCGGGCAAAGUCAAUCAGUCUCCUCCGCGCCGUUCGGCAGAAGCUCGUCCAGACCGAGAAGGACAAGAAUGCCCUGGAGAGCGAGCUGAAUGAGUCGAACAGCAACUCGAGCUCAAAGAUCAAAGAAUUGCAGGCCGACAAGAAAUCGCUGGAGGAUGAAUUAUCCAAGCUGAAGAUCUCGCAAGAACAGCAGCUGUCCAAGCUACGCCAUUCUUACGAAAGAGAGAACCAGUCGAUCCGCAGUCAAUUCGAGCGCGAGACGGCCUCAAAGAAAUCCCAGUUCGAGCUCGAUACGAUCACCGCCAAGGCAGCCUACGAACGAGAGCUGACGAACCGGAACCAGAAGAUCGUCCAAACCGAGGCUAGACUCCGGGAUCUGUCGGCGGAGAGGGACCGGCUGUUCGAGCAGCUCCAGAACCGCCAGGCUGAGCUGGAAGACACGCGGGCCCAGCACGACGACCUCAAAGGUAGUGUGGACGAACUGCAACACGAACUCACCCAGUCCCAAAAUCGGGUGCAUGUGCUCUGCGAGGAAAUAGAGCAGUUGGUCCACAAACAGGGCUCGACGCUGGAAUCCGAUCAGGUGAUCCAAAUGCUGAAAGAGCAGCAUCUCCACGAAACCAAAACCCUCGAGACCCGGAUCGCGCAGCUCGAAAAGGAGCGGAUCGAUGUCGAGAACGAGCUCGGCGAAAGCUUGAAAGAACGGCUUGAACAGAUCGAACACCUGCGCAACCAGGCCCGGCUUAAAUCCAUCGAAUAUCACGAUAGUCUCACUAGUAUGGCCCAACGAAAUCAGGAAAUCUUGAAGAGUGACGCCCAAAUCGAUCUCCUCAAAACUCAGCUCAAAGCCGCCCUUCUGGCUCGGGACUCGCAGACGGACUCCAUCGCCAGCUUAAAACAACAACUGGAAGAGCUGCAAACCGAGCUGAAAACAGCAACGGAAGAGCUCACACGAACGAGAGUGGAGCUCGAGGAGGGUUCAGAACGCGAGCGGAUGCUGAGGGCGGAGAACAAGUCGCUGCGGGAGAACGAGAUCCGGAAGGUGGACGAGGUGAAGGGCCUGUUCAUGCGCGGGAACAUCGAGCAGAACGUGCGCAAAGAGGGCGUCGGCUACUUCGCCCACUUCUCCCAGAAGCCGCCCGCCGGCUCGGCUCCACUACCGGCCACACCCGCGACGACGAGGGACCCGGCCCUUGGAUCCGAUCCUCCCCAGCCCGAUCUCUCGACCCACGCCCCCGCCCCAUCCUGCUCUCCCUCCCCCCACGCCUCACACAUCCCCCCCACCACCCCGCCGCCUCCCCAGUCCUCGACGCUCGUCGACCCCGACUCCUCGUCUGUCAGUCUGGACAACCCGGCACUCGACGACGAAGCCCAACUCAACUUCGAGUAUCUCCGGAACACACUCCUCCAGUUCCUCGAACACAAAGAAAUGCGCCCCCAUUUGGUGAGAGUCUUGGGCGUCAUCUUGCACUUCACUCCUCAAGAAAUUCGAAGAUUGGCUUCAAAAGUGUAA